CUUAGUUGACUAGUGUCAAUUAGUGUAUUCUCAGCCUGUCGGCUCUCCCUCUCCCUCUCAUGGCUGGCUAUGGGGGCGGUGCUCACCCUAUCAGUCAUCAUGCAGAAUACAACCAUGUAAGCCCACACCCCCAACUAGAUUGAGCACUGUCGUCAACCAUCCGGUGCCAAGCUUCGGCCUUCUUAUGGCAGUGGGGGCGAGAGUCUAGAAAAACCAGAAUCCACGAGCGUGAUUUUGGGGCCAGAAGUCCAAGUAUGGCUUCACACGUGGGUUUAUGCAGGAUGGCACGCCCGUCAGCAGCAUGGCACACUGCAUAGCAUUCCUGCCCCUCCUCAAAUGGGGGCCAGGGCUCAGCCUACCAUGCCCAUUGAAAGGAUACAUAUGAGCCUUAUGGUCACCCAAACCUGCUCGCCGGCCUUUUCUCUGGCUCCCGCUUGUUGUUUCAAGUCGGUCGUCAUUUCUCAUGUUUGACCCUCGCUCGCCGACCGUGGAUGAGCAGGAGUCACAGUCACACCAGCCGCUGGCUCUGGGACUGUGUAUCUCCCUGCUUAUCCUGGGAAAUAUCGCCGUCGCCAUCAGGGUACACGUUCAAUGCCAUUUCCAUAAGCGCCCUUUGGUGGAAGAUUACGCUCUUAUCGUGGCUCUGGCUUUCGCCAAUCUCGUAUCCAUCGCAACCCUAGUUGGCACGCGUUAUGGAUUUGGCCUUCAUUCAUCCAGAAUCUCAUCCAGCGCUUACCUCACGUUCCAUGUCAAGUCAGCCUACGUGUGUAUGUGGUUGAUUGCUGUCUUUUAUGGACCGGCAAUGCUGGCCGCAAAGGUAGCCAUGCUACUCUACUAUCGACGCAGAUUGCCGCUUGAACUUGCCUCUCUGCGGAUUAUCUGGUGGGGGAAUCUAGUAUACACCAUACUCUGGGCUGCGGGGUCAACCAUCGCCUCGAUCCUUUCGUGCAUCCCCGUCAGCUAUUAUUGGAACUGCCUAGACUUGUCUUUGGACCUUCACGGCAGCUGCAGUGAUUUCAAGACCUCCAACACACCACCUGCUGUUCUGGACCUUGUCUCCGAUCUUGCCAUGCUUCUUCUCCCUGCUGUAACAAUCACGACUCUCAAGUUGCCAGUGACCAGACAAAAUGCCCUCAUUACCGUCUUCUGCAUCGGUGUCUUGAUUUGCGCCGUCGCCGUCGCCCGCAUCGCCCUGCUUGAAACGACCUCUCACUUGAACUCAGACUUGACGUACGCAGGCGCCCCCUUCCAUAUCCUCGCGAGCGUGCAACUGCAUCUUGCUAUCAUCUGUGCUUCGGCCGUCCCCAUCGCUGUGUGUCUCCGUCUUUCCUGGCGCGCCGCCACAUCGAACGAUCCGACUACCCGCUGCGGCGGAUACGUCUACCCGAUGGAGCCGGCCACCGGUAAGACGUCGACAGCACGCAAGCAGAAGGCAGGACGGUCGGGUGCUUCCAGCAGUACAGAGCAGCUGCGACAGGGACAACACUCGCGCGAUAACACGGCAACGCCGCAGUUGCAUCAGAUUAUGGUGAAGAUGGAUGUGGAAGUGGCGCAUUGA